AUGAGUAAAGAUCUGGAUAUUGAAAUCACACAAAAAGUAUCUGAGGUCGAUCAUUCAUACGAUCAAGCUCAGAAAGUCUCCGACGACAACAUUGAUGUUGAGUCCUCAAUUAGUAAAGAAUCGUUGCUAGAGCCAGAUGUCGCAGAGCUUCCAAGAGUUGUUCGUGAAAUAGUCCCCUUGGAAGAUGACCCAACCAUACCCGUAUUGACAUUCAGAUAUUUCCUUCUUUCGGUUAUAUUCAUUGUACCCGGUGCAUUCAUAGACACAAUGAACUCAUUCAGAACCACAUCAGCUGCGUAUUCCAUUUUCUUUGUUCAAAUAGCUUGUCAUUGGGUAGGCAAAUGGCUCGCCAAUGUAUUACCAGACAAGAAAGUUGGAUUUGGAAGAUUCAAGUUUAGUUUAAAUCCUGGUCCGUGGUCUAUUAAAGAGACUGCCAUGAUUACAAUAACCGCAAGUUCAGGAGCUACUGGGUCGCAGGGUAUCAAUUGCUUAGCUUUGGCUGAGUUAUAUUAUGGAGAAACUGUGAACCCGGCAGUUGCAAUAUUCUUUAUGUGGACAAUCGUCUAUGUGGGUUACUCGUAUGCUGCACUUGCGAGAAACUUUUUGCUUUAUGAUCCACAGUUUAUUUGGCCGCAAGCGUUGGUGCAAACAACAUUGUUCCAAACUCAAAAAAAGUCCGAUUCUGAUUCAAAACAAGGCACAAAGCAAAUGAGAGUGUUUUUCUUUGUGUUGAUUGGGGUUUGUAUCUGGCACUUUUUCCCGGAAUAUGUCUGGCCCAUGACUUCAUCAUUGGCGUUUUUGUGCUGGGUUGCACCAGAAAACUAUACUGCCAAUUUCAUUGGAUCAGGAUUGGGUGGUAUGGGAUUCAUGAAUAUCACCUUGGAUUGGUCCAACAUCACCUCCUCAAUCAUGUUGUAUCCCUACUGGGUCCAAGUUAUUCAAUUUGUUGCGUUUAUCUUGGGCGCUUGGAUCUUGAUUCCACUGGUUAAAUGGGGGAGCUUAUCAGAUUACAAAUUUGGAUUAAUGUCAAACAGUCUCUUUUUAGCAAAUGGCACCAAGUAUCCAACAACGGAUUUGUUGACUCCAGAUUUGCAGUUAAAUGUCACAAGGUAUGACGAGUUGGGUCAUGUUCAUUUAGGUGCACAACGAGCAUGGAACAUGUUUUUUGACUAUGCUGCUUAUGUUUCCGGAUUCACUUGGGUUGUUGUAUUUGGAUACAAAAGCUUGUCCAAGUCGUUCAAGAAAUUGGUGGCUUCACGGAAAGAAAAAGGAUCAUUGAGUUUACAAUACACUGAUCGUUUGAAUAAACUUCAAAGUGCUUACAAGGAGGUACCUUUGUACUGGUAUGUCCUAUUGUUUGCUGCAUCAUUCAUCACCCUAUUGGUUAUUCUUGCCACUGAUAGUUUGUUCAUGCCUUGGUGGUGUUUGAUUGUUGGAUUGGCGUUUGGAAUGGUUAUUGUUACUCCACUCGCAUGGUUGUACGCCUUGUCAAAUUUCCAACUUGCCAUUGGUACAUUCAAUGAAUUGUUGUACGGGUAUAUGAUCCAAAGUAAAAGUCUGAGACAUCCUGCGGGAGCAACAGUUUAUGGUGCUAUUGCUGGUGAUGCGUGGUACAGGGCGCAGUAUAUCUUGCAAGACCAGAAAAUUGGUCAUUAUAUGCACUUGCCACCAAGGGCCGUGUUUUUCUCGCAAAUUUUUGGUGAAUUGAUUGGCAUUCCCAUAAAUUAUGCAGCAUUGAGAUGGGUAUUGUCAUCAAAGAAGGAAUAUCUUAAUGGAACAAAAGUGGAUCCACUCCACCAAUGGACAGGACAAGAAAUUGUUUCAUACAAUACCAAUGCCAUUCAAUACGUUGUUCUCGGUCCCACAAGACUAUUCAAAAACUAUCAAGUGUUACCCUAUGGGUUCUUGGUGGGGGCUUUGGCACCAGUGGCAAUAUAUGCACUUUACAGACUAUUCCCCAAGUCCAAACUCAAAUUCAACUUGUGGAACACCACUGUGUUUUUCUCCACAUUGUCAACUUUCUACGGAAACAUUUCCACUGGACCAUUUUCACAAUUUGUUGGUGGUACAAUCACAAUGUUUUACGCAUACAGAUACAAGCAUGACUUGUGGAAAAAAUACAACUAUUUAUUGGCAGCUGCUAUAGACACUGGUUACAAUUUAGCUGUGUUGUUGAUUUUUAUAAUAUUCGCGUCGGGAAAGACUAUAUUGAUGCCCAACUGGUGGGGGAAUAACGAGCAAAGUGUAGAAAGAUGUUUUGCUUUGGCCAAAGCGUCAUAG